AUUUAAAUAAAUUGUUUGCAAAUAUAAAUGGAGGAACUUAAGAACAUUGUCAUCCAAACCUUGGAAACUAACGGCAUUCUAGGCAACCUCAGAGCCCAACUCAGAGCGUCCGUCUUCAAAGUCAUUGACAGCCAGGAUAAGAACCUUAAAGACGGGUGAGGCUUCCAGUGGGAGAACCCACUUGCUCCAAAGAUUAUAGAAACAGUCGAAGGAGAGAUGUGCAUCGACAUUAUCAGAGAAUUCCUUGAGUUCUACAGAAUGGACUACACCCUUUCGACAUUCCUACCUGAGUGCUCUCUGUCACAAGAGCCCAAGACAAGGCAAGAAAUCGAGAAGAACAUUGGAAUGGAGCCAAGCGGUACUUCAAUGCCGCUCCUCAUGCACUUAAUCAACUCAGUCAAGAAUGGAGCAGCAGCCAAGGCUCCUCUCAGCAACAAUCUUGUCGAUCCUAUUGAGUCCAAAUAAAGAGGAAAAGCCUGACACCGAAAACUUGCUUUGGGACAAUAACAACAUGGACAUCAAGCAACAGCUUGAAGACCAAGACGCCAAGAAGUCACCAGGCAUGGCUUCACCAGCUGAGUCUGCUUCAAAGCUUAGCAGUCUAGACGGGUUGCCAUCUCUCGGCCAGAAGAAGUCGAGUCUGGAGCCUCUUGACUUCAACCCCAAAGAAAGCCCGAAAGCAGACCACUUCGGAGAAUCUAUUGACAGAGAAAAGAAGAGCCUCAACGAAGUCGACAAGAAGCUCAAAGAAUUCGAGAAUGAUGGACUCAAAAUGGAAAUGGACAGGGACUCUCCUGACAGAGACGCCCUUAGGUUCGGAAGCGAAGAAGCCAAACCAAAGCCAGCAGGCGGACUUGACGAUUACGAAGAUGACUUCGAAGACGACAUCGAAGAAGACUUGCCUGUUGAAGACUUCGACCCAGCUGAAUCUCCUGAUAAAAACCCUGAGUUCCACGAAAGCGGCAUGUCUGGGUCCCAGAGCAUGGGGAUGGACCCGAGUGUGCAGUCCUUGGACGUGGAAGACUACGAUCACAUCGAAAAGGCCAUGAUCAACAGCCCAUAUAAGUAA